AAGGCACAUGGCGCGCUGCUCCGUCGCGAAGCCGCUUACAACCGCCGCCGCGGCUCCGCGCCUCCCUCGCCGCCGCGCUCUGCUCGUUAGCGCCGCCGCCGCCUCCCUGGCCACGGCAACAACAAGAACGCAGCGGCUGUCCGCCCUAUCGAAGCCGCCUAAACCACCGCCUCUCCUCCCGCGCCCAAGGCUCCCCACCUCCAACCACGCCCCCACCAACGACAAGCAAGACGACCGCCGUGAAGCAUCGACGGGCGCGGCGUCCUCUGGCUCUGGGUCGCCCUCGGGCGCCGGAGACGUGCUCCGCCUGAUGGACGCCCUCGGCGUCGCGCCCGACGAGGACGUCUACGUCUCCCUCCUCAGGGACUCCGUCGACGCCGCCGAGGUCGCCGCCGUGCACGCCCACGUCGACGCCGCACGCGCCGCGCCUGGCCUCCCCCUGCCGCUGGCCAACCGGCUGCUGCUCGCCUACGCGGCCUGCGGCGACAUGGCGGCCGCCCGCAAGGUGUUCGACGAAAUUCCCGUCAAGGACGGCAUCACGUGGGCGACCAUGGUGUCGGCCUACUCCGAUGGGUGUUUCCAUGAAGAAGCGCUAAGGCUCUUCACCCGCAUGUGCCAAGAAGAACAUGGGCUUGCUGGUGAUCUGCUCGGCCAUGCCAUUGUGGCAGUGCUGCGGUCAUGUGCUCGGCUGGGCAGAUUAAGGGGCUUUGGUGAGCAGGUACAUGCGCUCGUCGUCAAGACAAAGAGAGUCUGCGGUGAUACCGGUAGUUCGCUGCUGCAGCUGUACAUCGCAAGUAAUCAGCAUGACAGUGCGCGGCAAGUGCUUCAGGCGAUGAGGUGUUGUUCCCAUGAGCCAGUGCCCGAGGCAGCCUGGACUAGCUUCAUGACAGCUUGCCACCGGGACGGACUGCUAGAUGAGGCCAUCUACGUCUUUAGGGACAUGGUGUCCUCCGGAGUCGCCAGGAGCAGCUUCUCCCUGUCGACUAUCCUUGCGGUAUGUGCAGAAUCAGAUAACUGCAGGUGUUAUGGACAGCAAGUGCAUGGCGACGCCAUCAAGCACGGCGUGGAAACAGACCAGUUCGUUGUGUCUGGGUUGGUCCACAUGUAUGCGAAGCAAGGACGGCUUGCAGACGCCGCGAGGGCAUUUGAGGCAGUGGGUGGCAAGCCUGACGCGGUGUGCUGGAACGCCAUGGCCAUGGGGUAUGCACGCGGUGGGUGGUACAGAGAGGCCACCAGAAUGAUGUACCAGAUGAAAGCUGCUGGACUGGAUCUUCCAGGACUAAAUGUGGUUGGAAUGGCCUGCUCCAGGAUUGAUGCAUGUUUUCCCAUUUUGGGCGAUGGAUCCCAAGGAGGACACGAACCAGAAGGUGCUCCUCUUCGCCCGCAGGAACUGUGACCACCAGUGUUUGUUCACCUACUGGAGCAGCUGAGAAGAGGAGGAAGAAAAACAGGACAACUCUUCAGGAACUAGGGUUCAUACAACACUGUUCAUGAUGUGAGUAUAUCACCAUGUUCUUGAUUUUUUAGUUAACAAUAUUCAGUCACUAGGAGUACAACAGUAGCAGUACAUAGCUGGAAUAUGCAUUUACAUAGACUUACUGAUGGCUCAACAUUCGAGCUGAUUACUAGCAGUGCAACACUAGCAGUACACAUAUGGAUACUCACAGAUUACUCCUUUGUUACUGUAUUUAUCUAGAGAUGGGAGUAGAGCUGAAGCAGUACGACUUCACUGAAACUUAAUUCAGUUAACUCCAUAGACACCUGCUCUUUUUUGUUUAGAAGGGACCCUUAUCUCCAAUCUUGUAAGACAAAAUACUCCUAUCUGUAGUCCCUCGAAUAACUCUGUUCUUCCUCCCCAAGUCCGUAGUGAACAUUAAAUAAUGCAUGCAAAAUCUGACCAUUUAUAACUGAAGUCAAGUUUAUACUCAUAUGGUGCUUAUGGCAAGCAAGUUUUGUACUCCUGAAACUGGAAAAUGUGACUGAGACUGGAACCCACUACAUUAUUAUCUUGUUUGUUGUUACUGAAACUGGAAACCACUACUACUCCAGAGAUGCAAUUUGACUUGUUUCCAAUUAUUCUGCACUACGACUUGUUUAUUGCUACUGAAACUACUACCAAAAAGAACUUCCGCAACCCUAUGGUAUUAUAAAUUAACGAACUAUGAGCAUAAAUCUGUAAUACAGUACUGAGAGCAGCACAUAACUAGUGUAGUAUAGUACUCCUAUGGGAUGAAACCAUAACAGUUCAGUGAUACUCCACUGUAGUAUUCCUAGUGAAGCAUAACUGUAGUAUUCCUACUGAAGCAUAAAUAUGAGAAAUUGUUAUGGGAUGAAACCAUAACAAUUCAGUUUACUUAUGCUUGCAUUUACAAUAGGCACUUAACAAAUCCAGAAUCUUGCAUUUACUUAUGCUUUACACUAGUCACUAUCAAUUCUAAGUCACUAGUUUACUUAUGAUUUACUUAUGCUUGCAUUUACUUAUGCUUUGCAUCAGUCACUAUCAAUAGAAGACAAAGGUAUUGCUCAUUUAUGCUAAUUGCCAUUUAUUCCAAGUCUGACUUCAGAGUUUGGUUUGCUUUUUUCCGACAAGGGGAAUAUAUUAAUAUCGCGAAGAUACCAAUUACACCCGUCCUCUGUACCAACAAGAUGUCCAAAUGCAUCAAGGAUACAAACAGCCAAAAAUGAAAAUAAAAAGAACAGAAGAAAGAAAAAAGAAAAAAGACCCCUCCACAGUGAACAAUCACUAGCAGCAGCAGCACUCUAACCACCACCAAAGACAACACUCAAAAUACAAAAGAGGUUCUCCAGAAGCAACGCCUCCAAGGAGGAAACAAUGCACAAGCGUUUAUUUAUUCAUUUUUGUGUGGAAGGCUCAAUCAGCCCAAGUUUAAGAGUGAUGCCACUCACAAUGCUUUAUGCAGCCCAAGUUGAACUGUACCUCAAAAUGGUGGAGUAUUUCUGUAUAGUUUAAGAGUGAUUCCCAAAUGCACAUGUGCUUUUGGUUGAAUUAACAAGCAAGCAAGCUAGUCUGGUUUGGGUUGAAUUAAAACUGUAGACGAAUGCUUCUCAAACUAUAGAUGAAUUAACAAGCAAGCUAGUCUGUUUUGGGUUGUGGAGUACUGCUCUCAUGUGGUCUGUGGAUGUAGCAGCCAAUUUGUAGCGUCAAAACAUGGAGUCAGCUGUUCAUUAGACCAUGGCUUACAUCCUCAGUGUAAAUUUGGUUCCACUAUUUAUUUGCGAUAUUCAUUUCCACUAUUCAUUUGAUGGAAAUAAUCUUAAGCAAAUUUAAAUGAAUUGACUAUACAGUGAAA